GCUAGGAGACGCGAGGGUCGCCGAGGCCCCGACAGUUGGCCUCUAGCUGACCAGCCCGCGGAUCCUGAGCACCUCCGCGCUCUCCUGCGAGCUCCCGGGAGGGGUGCCUCGGCCUCUCCAGGCUGUCGCAGGAGCAGGGGCCCAGUGACCACCUGAGCGAAUGGACUAGAGUGACUGGGAUGUCUCCAAGUAGUGAAGACAUGCAAAAAAGAGGAAACCACUGCUUCCCCGCAAGAAGAAUAAGAAGACAGUAAGAAGAUUGGUCUUACCUUCCCUUUGCAGGAGAAAGAAAAAGUGGGAGAUUCAGUUUUGAAUAUAAUCAAAUGGAACAGUGAAAUAAUUGCUAAUAAGACUUCUGUAGCCAUGGCUAGUUCUGACGCGAAACCAAAAUCAGUAAGUCGUGCCAAAAAAUGGUCAGAAGAGAUAGAAAAUCUGUACAGGUUUCAACAAGCAGGAUAUCGGGAUGAAACUGAAUAUAAACAAGUGAAACAAGUUUCUAUGGUAGAUCGCUGGCCAGAGACCGGAUACGUGAAGAAACUUCAGAGAAGGGACAAUACUUUCUAUUACUACAACAAACAGAGGGAAUGCGAUGACAAGGAAGUCCACAAAGUGAAAAUUUAUGCUUACUAGCCUUUGUUCUCUGUGUUACUCGUCCCUACUUUUUAAGAAUUCAUUGUUACGUUCUACAUGAUGUAAAUGUCAUUUCACAAAAUAAUUCAAAAUGCAGACUUCAGUCGAAUGUUUUGAAACACAAAAGCCAUGAAACCUGGUAUCAAUCAUCCUGUUCUAUUCCAAAAUAUAAUUGCAGGAACAUUAAAAUUG